AUGCCCUCAGCCGCCUUCAACCCGGACACAGGCAUCCCUAGUCUGUCUGGCAAAGUCAUCCUGAUCACAGGAGGAACAGCCGGACUGGGGGCCGAGACGGCGCGCCAACUUGCUAGCGGUGCUUACUACUUGGCUAUCUACUCCUCCACUCAUCCCCGAUCCAGAACUAUCGCACGAGAGACCCAUUCCCAUCUCCACUCCUUUGGCUCCUCUCGCAGCCUUGCCCGUUCAACGUCUUAA